AUGGCAAUCUGCCCCCCAACCGCGAAACAGUUGAAAGAGCUUCAUGCGGAGGACGUCGUGGUACUGGGAAAGGCAGACGAGAGCUACAAGACUUUCCCCAUACAAAAGAAAUAUCAUAGCCCUGAGUUCCUCCGCACCAUCCCACAUUUACGACUGAGGACGCCGUUGAACGCUGUACUAGCACGUCUACGGUCUGAGGCGGACUACAGUUUAUCAAGCUUUUUCCGGCAGAAGCAGUUCAUUCGUGUUCAAACCCCGAUCAUCACGUCCUCUGAUUGUGAAGGUGCAGGCGAAGUCUUUGAAGUGACUGAGCAUGCGAAAGAAGCAGAUGAUGUACGGGACGUUGACAGCCACAAGAGUAUUGAUCGAUUCUUUAAAUCACGAAAGCACCUAACGGUGUCCUCCCAACUCCAUCUCGAGGCAUUCAUAAAUGACCACCCUCGAGUCUGGACCCUUUCACCAACCUUCAGAGCCGAGAACAGUGAUACCCCGAGACACCUCAGUGAGUUUUGGAUGCUCGAAGCUGAAAUGCGGACGGAGUGUCUCAACGAUGUAAUGGAAUUCACUGAGAGGAUGCUAAAGACCCUGGUCACCGAUCUUCUUGAGACUUCUAUUCUUGACGAUCUCAAGGGCGUGACGAACAAGGCAUCGCGUAGUCGCGAGGACAAUAAGACGACAGACCUCGGAGCUCGAUGGGGCCGGCUUGCGCAGCAGUCAUGGCCGCGUAUCAGGUACGCUGACGCUGUUAACCUCCUUCAGAAUGCAGCAAGAACAAGAGAAGCCCAUUUCGAAUAUGAGCCUUCAUGGGCAGGACUUUACCUGGAGCAUGAGAAAUGGAUUGCUGGAAAGCUCGGCAUGGGAGGCCCCGUCUUCGUCACGGAUUUUCCUGGAGCUAUCAAACCAUUCUACAUGCUACCGUCCGUGGACAGUAAUCAGCCAUCCAACAUGUCGACUGCUGCAUGUUUUGAUCUCUUGCUGCCCGAAUCUGGUGAAGUGGUGGGCGGGUCGCUACGUGAGCAUCGGCUAGAUGCCUUACUCUCUGCUAUGCAGUCCUACGGUGUGAACGCGCCGACUUCUCCUGGCUCCGGCAAUCUCGACUGGUAUGUUGAUUUGAGAAGGAAUUCCAUUUACUAUGCGCUUUGGAGCCAGGAUCACAUGCAGCAUGUUUUUGAUAUUAGACUCAUCGACAUUCCACCAGUCCGUGUCGCCGUGUGUAGCCAGGAAGGUCCCCGUGAAGAGAAGGCUCGAGCUAUGGGAUAG